UUUUUUAGGUCACCUUGCUCUUCCACCAUGCCGCAUCUGGCAGUAGCAUCCCAAAAGACAGCUAACUUUUCUACAGAUGGGCGUCGUAGAUGUAUUCAUGCUGCAAAUGGUCAUUUGUGUUAACACGUCUCCGAAGAUACUAGGAGGUCGUAUAAUACUAGAUUCGUAGACCGCGACCACCUAGUAGUGUUCUUUUCGAGAACCUGUCCCAGGACAUUGUGAAUUUUCCCUUCCUACGAGUAAAAACUGAAUUUUAAUAAAAUGGACGCUGUGGUCGCCCAGUUUCCGGCUGGGCGGAUCGACCAGCACGUGCUGCUUGCGGGGGCCGGCGGCUGCAGCGCCGCGUUCGCCGCCGUCUUGUGGAUGACCGGGUGGCGAGAAAAGCCAGCUUCGUAUUGGUACCUCGGGGUCGCGCUGACGGCGUCCACACUGGAACUCGGACUGCUGUUUUACCCCUCACUUGUGCCGCUGGAAGGAGCGGGGGGAAAUAAGAGUACGAGGACUGUUUUUCCUUUAUCGGUGGUUUUUGUUUUUGCACCGCAAGAAGAAUUCUCUUCUUCGAUGGUAAUUGAGAAACGCUUGUGCUCUCCACGAGGCAUUCCGCCAACAACUAACCCGAAAAAUAACAACAGGCCAACUGCGGCACUGGCAGUUGGAGCUCUUGGCGUUUAGCGUCAUCUGGUGCAUCAUGAUGAGCAUUUGCGUCGUCGAUUCCCUCCUUUACAUGCCGCUGGACAUCUACAAACACCUGCGCAAAGGCGAAAAAAUACCGGCGUAUUUUUACCAAGUAUACUACCACCACUUUCUGGGUAUCGCCGGCAUGUUGCCGCCCCUCUUCCUCUUUCAGCAGCUGAACGGCUUGCCAUUGUCCGAGGUUCCGAGCGUUGAUUCCGGGAACGAGGUCCAGGCACGGCUUCUAUCGGAUAUCCACUUCUGCAACCGGUACGAUUUUUGUUCAUGUACUAUUUUUCUGAAGAUAAACUGCUGGCGUUUGUGAUGCAGUUGCCGCCACGACUUGGCGGGAGGAAGAAUUUCAAUUUGCGCUGUAGAAGAGGAAACCAAUACCUACUCAACAAAUCAGGUUCGUUUUUCUUGCGGAAUUUUCCACGAUUUUUCUCCACAUCCGCAACCUGCUGCGAUUGCACGCGACGGAAACCGGCAAGCCCACCCCGGCGGUGCUCCGGAUCGGCAUGGGCCUGGCCUUCGCCUUCGCGUUUCUCCUGUGCCGGAUUCUACCCACGGCGCACGGCCUGCUGCGAUCGAUCCACGCGUUCUCGCCGGAGUUAGUCGACAAAUACGUGUACAAUUCCUCCCCAGCCGUUCAGCCCAUCAGCACCAGCAUCGCCGCGUGCUACAUUGGGUUCUCGUUUUUGAAUGCCUACUGGGGCCGGGAAAUCGUCAAGGGGAUUGCGAAAACGUUUGGGGCGAAGAAGGACAAGCAGAUGAGUGGCGAAAAAGCGAAGGCGGCGUAAGGAGCAUCUGAUCGGGCUAGUAAGAUGUCGGCAUUACAAAAAUUUUCCGGACAGGGAAAAAGGAAAAAUGAAUUAGGAAAUACUUUGUUUAGUCGCUACUUUUUUGUUCCUAACUGUAGUAAUUUUGUGAAGACAUAGAAAUCCCAUGUUAUGCCAUAUGACAUAAAUGUACAAGUGCUCCUUCUGUACAUCGUCAAAGACAGUGCAGUGGCACUAUUGUGAGAUGAAGCUUUCUAUAUUUUUGAUAUUCGCAGAAUCAAUCAACAAUCAUCAUGCCUGCAUUCCUCUACUACAACAAAAUGGACUCGGCCAGAAAGAAAUAAGGAUAAAUAUCGCGACAUAGACAUCAUCAUCGACUCUUUUUUUGCAAUCCACAUCGCAUGCGUCUACCAAGAUA